AUGGACAAAUUCUUCUUGGUUUCCUUACUCGGUUUGCUGAUAGCAGCUUGUGGAGUUGCAGGAAGCCUGAUGUGUGACAAGAUUGGCAUGCUUGAAGAACUUGAAAGCCUGGACAUAGAAGAAGAAACUGAGGUAGAACUUUCUGACAUCCCUUCAUGGAGAAGCGAGCGCGGUGGAAAAGUUCUUGUGAAUGUUGAUAGCUUUGGUGCUGCUGGAAAUGGAGAAUAUGAUGAUACUGUGGCAUUUCAAAAAGCAUGGGACGUUGCUUGCUCUACACCACGAUCUGUUCUCUUAGUUCCCCAAGGACGCCGUUACCUAGUUAAUGCAACAAAAUUCAUAGGGCCUUGUGCUGACAAGCUAAUCAUCCAGAUUGAUGGAACAUUGGUUGCACCGAAUGAGCCUAAGAACUGGGAUCCAAAACUUCAACGGGUAUGGCUUGAUUUUUCCAAAUUGAACAAAGCUGUUUUCCAAGGUUCUGGAGUAAUAGAUGGCUCAGGAAGCAAAUGGUGGGCUGCAUCAUGUAAAAAGAACAAGUCAAAUCCUUGCAGAGGUGCCCCAACAGCAUUAACCAUUGAUUCAAGCUCAGCUAUAAAGGUGAAAGGACUAACUAUCCAGAAUAGCCAACAGAUUCAUUUUACCAUAUCACGAUCGGAUUCUGUUCGAAUUUACGGCAUAAAAGUGUCAGCACCUGGAGACAGCCCAAACACUGACGGAAUUCAUAUUAGUGAAUCAACAAAUGUUGCAGUUCAAGACUGCAAAAUUGGCACAGGGGAUGAUUGCAUAUCAAUUGUCAAUGCUAGCUCUAAUAUCAAAAUGAAGAGAAUUUAUUGUGGACCAGGACAUGGAAUCAGCAUUGGAAGCCUUGGGAAAGACAACUCAACUGGCGUAGUCACGAAAGUGAUUUUGGAUACAGCAAUUCUUAGGGAGACUACCAAUGGUGUCAGGAUUAAGACUUGGCAGGGAGGUUCUGGAUAUGUUCGUGGGGUACGCUUUCAGAAUGUGAGGGUCGAAAACGUUUCAAAUCCCAUUAUUAUUGAUCAAUUUUACUGUGAUUCGCCAACUACUUGUCAAAACCAGUCUUCAGCUGUGGAGAUAAGCGAGAUCAUGUACCAGAACAUCAGUGGGACUACCAUGAGUGCAAAGGCCAUUAAAUUUGAUUGCAGUGACAGCGUUCCAUGCAGCAACUUAGUCCUUAGCAAUGUGGACUUAGAGAAACAUGAUGGCACGGUAGAAACAUACUGUCACUCAGCCCAAGGCUUUGGUUAUGGGGUGGUGCAUCCUUCUGCUGAUUGCCUUAAUUCCAAUGAUAAAGUUUCUCAAGUUGCAGAAUCAUUUGCUGAGGAUAUUCUUCACACUGAACUAUAA